AACUGUUUACACCGCUUUUGGACUUCCGAUGUAAACAAUGCUGUGACAUUCAACGAAUAAUUUUCUUCAUUUGCACGUGUUCACUUUAUUUUUUGAUACUUUACGGGUAGAAACAGUUAGACAACAUGGCAAAUAUGAGCCAGGAUCAACAGAAAGUUCUGUCCACGAUGGAAGAACUUCUUAUCGAAACGUUUAACACAGUAAAGAAGACGUGUUCAGGGAAAUGUUCAAAACAAAACUACGACGAUAACCAUCUAGUGAAAAGCGAGGCAGUAUGCAUGGACCGCUGUGUAGCCAAAUAUAUGGAACUGCAUGAUUUGAUUGGUCGACGGGUAACACGUGACAAAGAGACUUAUGACCUACUUUCUAAUCCGCCAUACAGCGUCAAAUUAGAGGACACUGAGAAGCGUAUAAAUUGAAGCAAAAAGCGGAUCAGGAACAGGCUGGGUGACCUUUCUUAAAAUUAGUCCUUUUUUGAUUAUUACAUUUAAGUCACUUUAAAUGCCAGGGUCUUUUUCAAAGUGAGUUCUUUAAGACAUAUGGACUAAAGCAAUGACUUUAUUGUGUGACAACGUCAGUUUUUAAGAAGAAAGAUGAACUGCUUUGGGAUUAAAACAUGUCUUUUUGUACCAACGUUUUAAUCAUCUAUUGUUUUAAAUAAAAGGAUAUAAUAUU